AGAAUUGGAGAUCGCCGGGAUUCCGAAGCCUCUUCGGAGGCGGAGUUCAGAACUGUUGGGACGGCCGGCCGUGUCCAGGUCGGCGUUCCGGAAAUUGCCGAGUGCGAGAGCGCUGUUUGCCGGAAGAUCCGGCCCCGGCUCCGGCCCGGAGCUGCAGCUUCAAUAUAAACAGUAAUGGCGGAGGCAGGAGCAACUGCAUCUGUAGAGUCCGGAGGAGGUUGGACUAAGAACGUCACCUGCAGGUAUUACAUGCAUGGGGUUUGCAAAGAAGGGAACAACUGCCGCUAUUCCCAUGACCUCACCACCAGCAAACCAGCCAUGAUCUGCAAAUACUUCCAGAAAGGAUGCUGUGCUUACGGUGACCGCUGCAGGUACGAUCACACCAAACCACCCAAGCAGGAUGUCCUGAGCGGUCCCAAGCCGAUGAUGCCAGCGGAGUGCAGCCUUGCCCCGGACUGCACUCCGGAUCUCAAACUCAGUGGGCAGGGCGGGGAGGAGGGGCCGCACUCCUCGAGCUCCGGCGACUGGGUCAACGCGGCCGAGUUUGUGCCGGGCCAGCUGUACUGUGGGCGAGGAGCUCCUCUGUGUGCACAGUCUUCUCCAGGGCUUCUGAUAGAGGAGGAGUAUGACAAGCAGCAGCUGCAGCAGCUGGCGGACAAGGAGCUGAAGAAGCAGCUGUGCCCGUAUGCAGCGCUCGGAGAGUGUCGCUACGGGCUCAACUGUGCCUAUCUCCACGGCGACGUGUGUGACAUGUGUGGGCUGCAGGUGCUCCACCCCUCCGACACCACGCAGCGGUCCCAGCACAUCAAGGCGUGCAUCGAGGCUCAUAAGAAGGACAUGGAGCUGUCGUUUGCGAUCCAGCGCAGUAAGGACAUGCUGUGUGGGAUCUGCAUGGAGGUGGUGUAUGAGAAGGCCAACCACUGCGAGCGGCGCUUCGGCAUCCUGUCCAAGUGCAGCCACUGCUACUGUGUCAAGUGCAUUCGCAAGUGGAGGAACGCCAAGAACUUUGAGAGCAAGAUCAUCAAGUCCUGUCCCGAGUGCCGCAUCACGUCGAAUUUCAUCAUCCCGAGCGAGUACUGGGUGGAGGACAAAGAGGAGAAAAAGAAGCUGAUCAGGAAGUACAAGGAUGCAAUGAGCAGCAAGCCCUGCCGCUAUUUCGACGCGGGCUGUGGGACCUGCCCCUUUGGAGGGAACUGUUUCUACAAACAUGCUUUCCCUGACGGGCGCCUGGAGGAGCCGCAGUCUCAGAGACGGCAGCAAGGAUCCGUGGGGAGGCACCGGACUCCGAGACGGACGCCGCUGUGGGAUUUGUUCGAGGGAGAGAGUAACGACUCGUUCGAUAACGAGGAGGAGGAGGUCGUGACCUUUGAACUGGGGGAGAUGCUGCUCAUGCUGCUGGCCUCUGGCACGGACGAUGAGUUGAGCGACUCGGAGGAUGAGUGGGGUCUGUUUCAUGAAGGGUUGGAUGAUUACUAUGAGGUUUACCUAUAGCCCUCCCCGCGGUACCGAGUCUCUCUGUCUCUGUGUGCGUGUGCCUGCUGGACAUCAUCUUCACCCCCGUGUGUGGCAGUGCCUUUCCGGGCAGGCCAUUGGAAAUAAAUACAUAAAUAAAUAAGCUAGGUAAAAAGAAAAAGGGGUUAUAGAAUA